UCGUCUUCCCGUCGUCGGCGAGCCAGUGGAAAGGAGACGACCGGCCGACGAUGAGGUCGGCGAGGAAGGUGGUCCCGCGCCGCCGCUGCCGCGGUGACCGUACGGGUGUAUCGUCGAGGAGGAAGAGGAUUACUAGCCAGCCGUCAGGAGGCACCCUGACGACCUGGCGGCCCAGAUGAGGUGUGGCACCACCCGACCUGAUCCCAUCUCUCUGCCUGUUCCGCUUAGAUUUAGUUCCAGUCACCUCCUAGCCGGUUGAGAUUUUCAGCGUAGGUUGCGUCGAUCACUGGAACUUCUUCCUUUAGUUCCUUUCCUAGGGCGAUUAGUCGAUUAGAAGGCUGUGAGACACGAGCUCUUCUCCAACAGGGCCACCACAAAUGGUCCGUCACUGGCAAGCACAAAAGUCAAUGGCACGAAACUGGUAUGUUUAGGCUUCUAGCACGGCGUAUAUGGGGCAAAUCUUUUUCCUUUUCAGAUAUUCAAUUUUCCUCAACGAUGAUUUUACAAGUGAAAAGAGCAUCCAGAUGUUAGUGCUAAUUGUGACUACUAGUUCCUUUGGGAGCAUCAGUGUUAUAUGUUCAGAACCUCCUAUGCUGAAACUGAAUCCUCAAAGGAAAAAUAGGGGCCAUGUGGGGACAAGGAUAAACACCCAAAACCAAUACUAACCACGAAAGCCAACAUCCAUGACUUGCAAAACACUGGUCAGACAAGCAACACCGAUUUGUUACGUUCCCUGCAGGAAGCAAUGCAGCUGUCUGCCGCGUUGCAAUUUCUGGAUUAGAACCUGAUAGUGAUGUAAACAGUUUUAUGAUCGUGACACUUGCUGCUGACAAUGAGCUUGAGAUGGAACUUAGUGGUUCAUAACGGUGAUCUCGCAAAGUUGAUGAGAACUAGCUAAUACUUGCAGGAAAAAAAACUUACCUAGCGAUGAGCCAUACAUUUGUUUUACUCCUAUACAAUCAUAUCGUUUAUUUGUUGGAUCUCAAUCUUCCUUUGACUUUUGACUUUAGACACACCUGUGUGCUUUGUUGUACACUUGUACAAAUAAAUAAGAUCACCAGAGUGCGACUUCUUAACAACUCUCCUCUGCCUUUCGCAUAGCUUUACGAGUCAUUUACAUUUGUCUUACACCUAUACAAUCAUCCUUUAUUUGUUGGAUCUCAAUCUUCCUUUGACUUUAGACUUUAGACAUACCUGUGUGCUUUGUUGUACACUUGUACAAAUAAAUAAGAUCACCACAGCACCGAUUCCUGCACUCUAUUUGUACACCAACUUCAAGCUUGCUUCAUAGAGUUGGUCUCAGCACACUUCGGCACUAUACACAACAGUAAGAGGAACAGGGAAAUCCCAGAAGAGACUGCACUUGUUCCUCAUGGAUGGAAUGGCAACUUCAGCUGUUGUUCAGGAAACUGUCAGCAGAGUGUCUUCGUUCAUCUUCAACAAGCAUGAGGAAAAAGUAUCCAAAGGCCACAACUUGGAGAGGCUGGAAAUGGCUCAUACCGAGCUGGAACUCGCGAUUGAAAGGUCAAGCAAGUUGCCUAUCACCGAUGUAGCACUGCUUCGUCGCAGGAAGAUUCUGAAGCGUGCUUUGAAUGAGUGUGGUGAUGUCCUGCUGAGGUAUAAGCUGCAAGCAAUUGAAGAUGAAGAGAGCCAGCAAGGAGUAAUGGUAACACAUCCCUCUUUCCCUAAACGGAUUGCUUACGCUACCAAAUCAUCCAUUGCUCAUUUGUUUGGCUUGGCAAAAGAUGGCCCGAGUGGCUUGGAUGUCCAAAGAUUUGAAUGGUUUGCAGGUUGUGCCGGAAAGUUGGUAAAAGACCUGGAGUCUGGCUGUUCGCUUUGGCAGUACACCUUCUCCAACCCUCUUACCCGGCAACUUCUUGAAGGGAAAACACUCUGGUAUGAAAUGGAGAAGGGAACUAUACAGCGAGGGUUUUUUAUAUCGCCCAUAUGCUUUGAGGACCGUGGUUUGGAGGCAGCACUAGCAUAUCGGUAUAAGGAUCAAGAAAUGCCAGAGAAGAAUUUUCGUUUAGCAUUGAACCUAAGACUGUCAGAAAGCACAGACAUAGUUGGAUAUGCUAUUAAGUGCUUGCAGCCAUUGACAUCUCAGUUCAAGGUAGUGGCUGAAUUUGCAAAGGAAGAACUCACCCUGCUACCUAAUUUACAAGAUAUUUCCCAUUCAUUUGCUCCUCCAGCUAUCAUUCAAGAGUCAUAUACCGAAAUCACUCAAUCAUUCCGCCCAGAUCCACUAUGCUGCAAAACCAAUGGGCAGAGGCCUUUUGCCAACAACAUCAUGUCAUCCGAGUUGGCGCACAUAUUUCCCGAACAAGUCAUUGGCAUUUGUCUUACACCCAACAUUUCAGCACUAGAAUACAGCUUUCAUAGCUCAAUUGAUGGAGCCAGCCGGUACACAGUCACAUAUCGGCCACCACCACUGGAGUUUGCAGCUUGUUUCAUUCCCCAUCUCUUGAGCGAAGGUGUGCAAAAGAACUAUGUAGUUGAGAGAUUGGGAGGCAAAAUAGAACAUAAGAAUGGUGCUAGCAUACAACAAACGUGUGAGAUGUUCAGAUCAAAGACUUUUGAUUGUUUUGUCCGCCAAGCAGAUCUGACAGAUUACUCGGUGUCCUGGAUGUCUAAACAUGGUGCUGCGUACUUUUGUCUGCGAACCCCAAGCUCUGAGAGAGCAGGUGCGCCCAAAACCAGUGGAAGGUCCAGUACCUGGAAAACUGCAAACAGGACGCAGUAUGUCUCAUAGUUUGUUUAGGGUUGUUUUCGUUUCCUAGUAUAAGUUUGUUUCCAUGUUUCAUGGCAUUGAUGGACUCCAUAAUUUAGACGUUGUAUUGGUUGUAUAAAUAUUUCAUGGUAUAUUCAGGUCUUAAUUUUCUUUCAGAC